AUGGGGUUGUCAAUAUUGUUGCUUCUGCUUCAUCUUUCAAGUGCUGUGGAUGAUCUCUCUUCCUUCCCUAAAAACUUUCUGUUUGGAACUGCUUCUUCUUCUUACCAGUAUGAAGGUGGUUAUAACAUUGACGGUAAGGGACAAAGUAAUUGGGAUAACUUCACUCACGGAGCAGAUACAAGUAUAAUAGUAGAUGGAAGUAACGGAGAUAUCGCAGUUGAUCAUUAUCAUAGAUACCAGGUUGGUUACUACUAA